AUGCCCGGGAUCGCGAGCGCGACCGGCCUGCUGUCCGCGCGAGUCCGGCCGAUUCGCAGACCGAAGCCCAAGAGCGUGGAAUUAUCGGGUUGUACCCAAGCGGCGCCGUUCGCCCUUCGACCGUUCGCCGGCCUCUUUAAUCCUUAUCCUUACGGCUGCUCGGUGCUGUGCAACCAUCCGGCGGAUUGCGAGGCGAAGGAGGUGGUUCGACGCGCUAAGGACACAUGGGCGACCGAGGGAAAAGCUCUUUUGCUGCCGGAGGAGAUGGAGAUGAUACGGACGAGCCUGUUGGCGGUGGGCGCAGGCGGAGGCGGUGGCGAGGCCGCGGCUGGAAAUGUCGGAGGUGGCGGCGGCGGCGGCGAUGGUUACAAUGCCGAGAUGACCGCUUCGGCGGUGCCCGAGGAGCUCUUCCGGAAAUACACGGAAACCGACUCGCGACCUUUGACCCCGGCGCCCACGCUCGCCAGCGGGCCGUCGGCGGUAACUGGUACUCGCGCGGCCCAGGAGGACAUGCCGGCGACCUGCAAUCCGCGCGAGCGCACCACCCUGGUCCUGGAUCUCCGGACGAGCUCGCAGAACCAGCAGGAAAGCGAGACCUUUAGCUGGCACGCUCUUACGCUCGAGCUACCGCCGACGCCACGGAAAAGUGAGAUAUUUGUCUGCAAGCCGAUCGCGCGGCGGGCUACAUGUGUGCAUGUAGCCUUCCUCUCCUCUAAGAUUUUUCGUCUUGAAAAAUUACAUUACUGUGUCGCUUACCGGUGAAAGAGUUCGUCCCGGAACGCGGAGGAAGAGGCCGACAGCGGCAGCGAGCAGCAACCGGCAAUCACGCGAAGACGGGGAAAGCGAUUGCGUAAAAGAAAGUGUAGGAGGGGCUCGACUUACGGCCAACAAACGGAAGUUCGCGAUCCGCUCGAGCCCACGGUAACGCAGGUCUCGCAGAUCGGGGACGGAUCGCGGCGAUCGUCGCUUCACGUAAAUACCGGCGAGGUCGACGGCUCGGCGUCUCCCAAGAAAACAUCCGCCCAGGUAACGAGUAGUCACACGAUGCCUCCGAGUUUCCUCGCACCGGACGUCUUGAGGCACUUGUGCAGAGAGCUAGAUCGCGACAAGGUGGAGUCGGAAUUUUCCAUCAAGAGACGUAUCGCCUUGGAGGAAGCUUUACGGGUGAAAGGCGACUCGGCUCUGCGCGGAUCUCGUCAAACCAGUGCCGGCCUACCAGCGGAAUACGCUCCCCGGAUAUUCUCCCGUCAAGCGGCGCGAUUUGAAUUGCUCGACAGUCAAAGUCUUCGUGGAUUAACGUCACUUCGGUACCUCAGCAAGCACGCGUACGUCACGUCGGGAAGGAAAUUGAUAUUCGGUCGAAUAUUUAAUAAAUUUAACGAGGAAGCGUUGCACAGCGCGCGACGCAUCUCACCGAGCGACGUCGACGAGGCUCUUCGGGAAGUGGUCGGGAAGCCGUUGACGGACGAGCAGCGAUCUUACAUGAGGUCUGUGAUAGGGGACAUAACGCAGCCGCUGGGGUUUAGGGAGUGGUGCGGAUUGUGCGCCGCUAUCGAAAGGCUGCUGUGUCCUCUGCCGUCGAGGGAGAGCGAUCCGCCAACGUGGCUCGAGAGAACGGACUUCGAGGCUCUGGAACGAAGACUCAAGUCAGCCGGGUCGGUGGAUUCCACGUUGGCGUUAUUGUUGAAGGAGAUUCGUGAUAGAUAAAAUAUAACGUGUUUCUUAUUAUACACACUCUCUUUUUUUUUAUCACAGUGAUCGCUAGUUAUAAUGUUCGUAUCGUGUAAAUCUUACGAUGAAUUUAAUACGUUAUAAUUAUUUGAUGUAAGCCUAGAAAAUAAAAUUUUUUCACGGUUCUACAAA